AUGCCGAGCCCACAGCUCCGUAUGGGGGCGCGGGAGAGGCUCCGCCGUUGCGUGACAGCGACGCGCUGCCGUUUCUGUUCUACAGGAAGGAAUCACCCGCGCUCCGGGCCGGCCUGGUCCCGCAGCGCGUUCCCAAACAGGCUGCCCGCUCGGGGAGGCGGCCCGCCGGCAGGAAGGGCGCUCCUGCGCCAGGGCAGCCCCUGGCCGGGGGCACAUCAUCCCCGAGGUGGGGGAACGGCGUCUCCGCCGCCCCUGGCCCUCCGCUACCUCCUGGGUGUCCAGGCGGUCGGCAGCCUGGUCCCACUGGAGCCGGUGGGACCACAAAGUCCCCCGGUAACAUCUGUGGCAGAGAGCCACCGCCACCCUCCCGCACGGACGGUCCCCCUCGGCCCUCAGCAGAGCCCUGUGCUGCUCUGUGGUGUAUUUAUUGCUCAUCCAGAAGAUCCACUUACAUUUUUAGAAGAAAAGCUCAGAGAAAUAAUGGCAAAGGGAUUAGAUUCUAUGACUAAAGAAUUGUGUGCAAAAGAAUUGUGUGACUUUUACAGCAGAAACUUAAUGAAGCUUUAUUUUGGAGGAUAGAUCAAAUACAAUUCUGGAAAUAAAUGAGAAAAAAGCCAGUGGAAGAUGGCUCUACAAUAGGUCCAUUAUAAUAUCUAAAUAUUGCAAGUUAUUACACAGAAGUGGAACAUGUGGGUGCAGACCGACAAGGAAAAAAAGGCAUGUAAGUCUAGGAAGCUGGUCUGCAUAGGACAAAAAAUACUUAAUAUACAUUUUGGGUCAACUAAGUCACCUAAACACACAUUUCUGAGAGAUAGUACUAAAGGAACUCUACGACUAUUGACAAGUAAUUUUCAUGGUUUACAGUAAAUAAGUUUGGCUCACUGCAGAAAAUUCACAGACAAAGAUUUACCAUACCUGGACUCUUGCAAAGGCUGUCACAAGAUCAUCUGUUUGGAAAUUCCAGGUUGAAUUCAGGUUUCUGAUGUCUUCACAAAUACUGCCAAUGGCUGCAAUUUGAUUCAGGAUUUGCUAAUCAGCAAAAUGUUAACUCUUACAGACAGAUGUAUUUAAGCUCUUAGUGAAAAAUGUCAACAGGUAAUGUCUGUUCUCUUUCUUGACUCUCCAAAUCUUUCUGACACAACUUUUAAAGCCUUUGCAGAAUGUAAACUUUUGAAGGUCAGCAUUGAAGGAAAUAACCAAAAUGCUGAUUUAAGUUUCAAGCUGAUGAGUAAAUGCUGCCCAUACAUGAGGCACAUUCAUGUGGCUGAUUUCCAGGAGAUUACAGAGGCUGGUGUUAAGAUGAUUUCACCACUGAAGCAUAUUCUUGUACUGAAUAUGGCAGACUGCAGAAGUGUAAGUGUAAGGCCAUUUGUACAAGGUUCUUCAGGAGCUAAGCUAAGAGAGUUGAGUGUUAGCUACAACAGAGAUUUUUAUGGCAUAGAAGCCCUUGGCUGCCAUGGAAAAAUAUUGGAACUUUCUAUAUCAUGAUGCAAAAACUUCAGAGACAAUGGGAUUCAGGGCACAGAACAGCUGGAACACUGCCAUGCCUCUUGCUGCCCCCAGCUGACAGAUGAAGCUGUGAAAACAAAGGCAUUUCACUGCCACAGACUGACAUCUGUCAGCAUAGGAGGUUGCCCAAAGGUGAUUGACACAAGUAUCCAACACUUGGCUGCAGCCUGCCACUAUCUCCCCUUCUUGGACAUCUCAGGUUGCAUUCCUCUUACUGACAACCUGAAAUAUCUUUGGAAAGGCUGUGAGCAACUCCAGAUUCUCACGACAGAGUACUGUAGAAAAAUUACCAAACAAGCUGUCUUGGAAUACCCAGCUGAACUGGAGAAACAGGAACAUAAUGAUGCUGACCAUCCUUCCUGGCUUGGGUAUGACUGGGAUGGUAACAUAACCACCUUCACCAAAAAACACAGAUCAGAGCCUGAAAGAACAAAUUCUUCAAAAUGAAAAAUGAAGAAAUUGUGCAGCAUUUCUACAGUUCAAGGGUUUUUCUCUAGAGCAUGACAAGACCACUGUGUUAUUUUUUCUUAAAACUAAUCACACUUUAAUAAAAGGCCAUUUGCUGCAUUAGUAAGGAAGCAUAGCAAAUCUUUCUCACAGGAGUAUGAAUGCCUUCAAGCAAGACAGCUGCACCAGACAGCACUGCUGACUCUCAGAUGUUGAUUCAAGCUGUCUUCAUCUUUCAAUAAUGAAAGUUUUUGUAGCCCCGUGCAGAGUAAGCAACGAAUAAAUCUGCAUGUUUUGGAGGAUUUGUUUGCCAUGAAGGUCCUCUCCAGGACAUAAACACUGACUCCCCAGAGAACUUCACACUUGAUGUGGCUGGUACUCAUCAAGUACAGCCUUCUUGAGGAGUGGAGAGCAGUGAGUAGGCAGUGAGUAGAGAUUCUUUAAUACACAACUACAGCCAGGCUUUUAAGCACAGUUCUCCUCUUCUCAACAGUCACUUGUGCACCCAGAGCCCUCAUUCUCAUAAAAGCCUCUUGGGCUGAGUCCAGCUCUCUGAACAAGCUGAUGUUCUUGUCUGCAGGUCUGAACUGUGGGCUGGCUGGCAGCUGAGAGAGCAGGAGAACCAAAUUAAAGGGAACACAGAUGAAAAAAGUGUUAAAGUUUAAAUUUGCUCCAGUUACAAGAAUGUCUUCUCAUCAAAUGGACAAAAAAAGAUAUAUGGGCACACAAGGGAUUUGCCAUUCAAAUUCUAAUUGCUGAUAACCUACUAAUCUUCCCUUGUCUAGAGAUAAAUACAGUUUCACCUCAUUAGAGCAGAACAAGACAUUGUUCAAUGCCUUUGGGGAAACUCAUAAGGAAGGGUUUGUCCUCCUUCAACUCAUUCUUGACCUUUAUAUUAACAUUCUAGCUGGUCUCAAGAUGUUUUAGCUUGGAAUGAAUAUAAUCAGUAGCUUUAGUAGUAGCACAAUUUUUCUGCUGGCUGAUUAAAACUUAUUUAACCAAGUAACUAACAAGUCUGAUGUUUAAUUCCUGCCAGAUUUAGCAAAUUAAUGAACUCAAAGUCUGAGUUUGCUUUCUUUUGAAUAUGGAACAAAUAACAGGUUUUCUUACUAUGUUCUCCCUUAAAUUGCUGAUGCAGCAGUCUCAAAAAUCACAACCUUAAUCUCAGAGGCUGACAGGCUUUGUAUUUCAGGUGAAUAAUGGGACCAUUAAAUGGAUUCACUCUUGUGAAGUACCUACUAGACUGUUUUCAUGUGGUGUGAAUUUUGAGGUGCUUUUUCUCUUUGGCUGCAGCAGGGCAUAGAAAUCAUUCAUUUCAAAUAUUUUUCUAGGUAUCAAAAACCAUUAUUAUUUAUUAAUUUUGUAACUUUUAAAAGUAUAAUAAUAACUCAUAUCUAGUAAUAUUGUAAUGCCUUUAGUAAUACUACUAGAAAUGUUUUAUAUAUUAUUGUUUAUAUUAAAAAUACAUAUAAUUUGUCGUGCAUUAGAGCCCACCUCAUCCCAACAAGCAGUACACAACAAUAAACAGGAAGGGGAGUUUUAACCAGUCUGAAUUACAGUAGAUAUGCUGCCCUUGACUCUUGAAGUGCAAUAGCCAGGGGCAAUUAUAUCUCCUGGGGAAUCCUGUGGCAAAAGAAGUUAAUUUCAUAAUGUACCAUAAUGACUGUAAGAACACACACAUAUAUACAAAACUUAAAGCCUGAGCCGGCAGUCUGAAUUCUCUCCUGCUCCUCACCAUCCCCUGAGCUGGCAGGGAUUCUGACAUUUCAGCUUAAAGCACAAAUUUCACUACUGCUUUUAUUAG